CACGUUUGCACGUGAGGCUGCUGCUGCGAGGGCUGUCCGGACGCCUCCAGCACACUGCACUGCAGAUGGAGCCUAUGAGGAUGCUACAGCAGGAUGGCCCCGCUGCCGUCAAGAGGGAGGAGGAUGACCUGGGCAAGUUCGUGGACUUGGACUUCAUCCUGGCGCACACCAGUAGUGGCGGACAGGCGCCGACCGGCCCCAACUACCCCCUGCCCGAGACCCCGGAGAGCUGCGGCACUACCUACGACAGCGAUGGCUCGUACUCCACGCCGGGCAAGUUCCCGGCGCCUUACCCCGAGGGCCAGGGCCACAGCUACGUGGCUGAGCUGCUCACCCCGGACCUGCCCGGCCACUACGACCUGCAGCGGAGGGAGUACACGGAGCUGCGGGUGCCCGGCGGCCCCCAUCACCACCCUCCCCCCCAUCACCAUCCGCCUCUCCACCCGGCCCUAGCCCGCCCACUGCCCCUGGACCCCGCGCAGUCCUUCGGGCCCCGCAUCAAGAAGGAGCAGCCGGAGGAGCGCGCCUGCAUGCUGGGGAUGUCCGCCGCCGAGUAUCUGGGACCGGGCGGCGGCGAGCACAAGCCACGCGUGGCGCCGGGCCCCCCCCCCCCCCCCCCCCCCCCCCCCCCCCCCCCCCCCCCCCCCCCCCCCCCCCCCCCCCCCCCCCCCCAGCCGCUGCCUGCCGCCGAUCCCCACCUCUUGGCCGACCUGCCGCCCCACUACGCCGUGGCCCCGCACCGCUAUGCGCCCCACUUCGCCCCCCAGCCGCCACCGCAGUUUCAUGGACAUUUCAGUGUUUUCAGGGAGCCCCUGAAGGGGCCGGGGCCGGGCCCGGCGGGGCUGCCCGGGCUGCUGGUCACGCCGCCCAACUCCCCGGUGCUGGAGUACUUCCCGGCCGGGGCUGCCCCCGAGGACUGCAAGCCCAAGCGCGGCCGCCGCUCGUGGGCGCGCAAGCGAACGGCCACGCACAACUGUGAAUACCCGGGCUGCGGCAAGACCUACACCAAGAGCUCGCACCUCAAGGCGCACAUGCGGACCCACACGGGCGAGAAGCCCUACCACUGCACCUGGGAAGGAUGUGGCUGGAAAUUUGCCCGCUCCGAUGAGCUGACCCGCCACUACCGCAAGCACACGGGGCACCGGCCGUUCCAGUGCCACCUCUGCGAGCGGGCGUUCUCCCGCUCAGACCACCUCGCCCUCCACAUGAAGCGGCACAUGUGAGCAGUGGCUGCGGCCGGACUCGAUGUCCCCAGAGCCAGCUCACGGUGUAAAUAGCGUCGGGCCAGGGAUAGCAACGGGGGGAGCAGCCUGGCCACCCAGCCCUCUCCGCUUGUAGUUGAUAACUAGUUUUCUCCUCUUGCCCCUGUGAGAGCUGGCCCAGCCAAGUGGUGGGGGAUGGCUGCUUUGGGGAUAUAUAUGGGGAGCAAAACUGGAAGAAACACCUGCCCUGGUAUCACCUCUCAGCUCCCCAUGCCUGGAGGGUUUCCCCCUGCCAGAUACCUGGUGAGUGGGGGGGCUGGUGCAUAAGGGCUCUGGCCCCAGAACUCCUGGCUUGUUUUGGCAUCAGCUUAACCUUCUUCCCCCGGAUUCUGGCACCCCCCUGGCUCUAGGGGCUGUGGUGGCUGACUCUGGCUGCAUUUUGGCUGGAGAGCCAUGCCAGUUGAUCACGUUUGUUGUGGUGCUGGGAAAUGGGUUGCUGGUUGUCUCGGUUGUGAUCAUCAGAACAAACCUCCUGACCCAAAGCCCAGAGUGCAUGGGAGGAGGGUGGGAUUUGACUGGCUCAUGGCUAUAAAGGUUUGCAGGUGUUGGCAGCACAACAUUGCCUUGCGCAGAGGGCAGGAAUGCUCCUGUCACCAGCCUGGGACCCCACUGGGCAGUCCAGCCCUGGCCAUUCCCAGUUUUCCGCUCAAGAGCCUAAAAUGUCUCUCCUGACUCUUGUCUGCCUUAUUUUGUCUUGUUCUUCCCCUCAGGAUGACACCAGGUACUGCUGCAGCUGCCUUCCCCAUGCUGCUUUUUUAAAUUUAGUAUGUAAAGAAAGGACAGUGAGUCCAGCUAUAAAUGCCCAGGUCUCUGCUAUACUUGAAACUUUUGUAGAG